AUGAGCAACAAGUGGGACUACGAGUCUCGCCUGGAGACAACGACGCGCGCUGACUCGGGCUCGUACGACCAGGUUGUCGCCCUCUCACAAGGUCUCAUCAACGAAAACUUUCAGAAGCUCUAUGAAGCUUACCCCGACCUACUCUCCAACCUUGACUACCAUGGCGUCCUCGGCAAGUUCAAGGGAAAGGUCCUGGCUCCCGUGAUUCUGAUUCCCGGUGCCGACCAGCAUGGCGCCAACCUCAACGAGGUGAUUAUGAAAAUGAGUUUCACCUCCGGCUCUUUGAAAGACAGUGACGAUAAUCCUCUCAUCGAUGACCUCAACGGCUGGGUCUUCGCCGUACGCACCAUGGUCGUUCCCGAGACCCUCCCUGACCCUUCCACCAUCAAGGAUGAGAAGAAGAGGAAGGCGGUCGAGGAGAAGCGGAAGCAGAUCGCGGAGCGUUUCGACCACCCGGGUGACUACGGCAUCGAUCGGCUUUACAUGAAGUUAACCACAGCGCGGUGGGACAAUCUGGACCUUGAUCUCUCCUUCGCGGGAUUUGAUGAGAACGGCAAACCUCUUCCUUACAUUGAUUGGGCGUCGGAUGAGGAUAACGUUGAUACGAAGGAUCUGCUGGAGUUUUGGCUGAAAAAAUGGAGCGGCGAUAACGAGAAGAACUGUUUGAACUCGCUGGGAUUGACUUUUACGCCUCCAGACACUCCGCAAGUCAAGGCAACUUACGCCCCUAAUGACGUCCUGCACCAAGUUCACCAAUACAAGAGCGAGAAGAAUGGCUACAAGGAUGGUCAGACCGGAAUUGGAGGAGCGGGAGACUGCAACUGCCUCCUAUUCCUCGAAAUGGUUGAUGGCGGCGGCCCCAAACCUCAAGAUCCGCGUCUCAUCUGGUCCGGAGACUUUGCGACUCUUGAGAGCUACGGCCAUCCGGCCAUUCAGGGCACAUUCCUCCUCAACACAGACAUCUUCAUGAAGAAAUUCCUCCUUCCCAACUUCACAUUGCUUAAUCGGCCGACCGAAAUUUACCAUAAGCCCGCUACUUUCUCAUCCGAUGGGAGACUGGUCUGGUUACACCUCGAGACUGGGGGUGAUCCCAACUACCCCGACCCCAAUGCCUCUGUGUACCAGUUCCAAACCGUGCCGGACGAUGAUAAUCAGCGGCUCGUCAAGGGGUACAGGUGGACCAAAACAAGCAAGACGGGUCCAGUGGACAAUGGAGGCGCGGUGUGGUACAGGGUGUGGACGGAGGAUGAUUCAAAGACGGAAGUGACUUGGGAGGCUGGUAGUGAUGAAGUUGUCCUCAGUGGCUUAUCGACAAGCUAUGAGAACUGUCGCGGCGCAGGCACUAAGAGCGGUCUCGACAAUCCCGACAGCUGGCUAUAUGACAAGUACACAGUCACAUGGAAGGUCAGAUGCAAGAUCAUUGCAAACGCACAAGAGGACGCCUCCUCGAGUCUACACCUAGAGAUCCAACCUCCUGACAACGGUGCGAGCUCAUACGUUAAUGUUGAGAGGAAGGUGGACCAUCACAAUUGGCAGUCCGGUGGCUACGAGGAUGUCAUCCAGAAAAGUCUGGAGGGGGGUUUGCGCUCAGGGAUCGACGGCAUGAUUGAGAGUAUCAAGGAUAAGCUCAAGACGGCUGGACGACUGACAUACCCCGGCGGUGCUGCCCUGGAUUUCCAGAAACCCUCUAUGGGGCGAUAUGGCGAUUUGAAUGCUGCCGUCAAGAUGAGGCCGUUCAAAGCCGAUGGUCGCAUCAAAGUACCAGAUGUAAACAGCAAAGGCGACAACAGCAUGUCCAUAGCCAGCACCAGCGUAGCAUCACGGGCUGCCGUGGCCCACACGGGCAUAGCAGCCUUAGCCAUCUCUGGUAUGCCACUCGUGAAUCCUGACUUCCGCGGACCCAUCAUCUCCUCGCACAAGCUGACUUGGGCCGCACGUUCAUCCAAGGUCCCGGGUAUCGACGGGACGCGGACUUUGACAAUACGGGGUAGCAACGACACCUCCAAGACUGUCAGCCUGGCGGCUUCUGUGCUGAUCUUCAAUGUUGGGGAGGAUGAGGACAAGGGGUGCCUGUUUAGGGGUGGAAGUAAGUUCCGGUAUCGCAGUGGUGGUCCAUUUGUCCCUCGGGAAGUUGAGGAGAGGGAGAAGAAGGAAGGGGAAGACGAUGAGCCCAAGCCGGAGGAUACUGUGACACUCACUUGGUCCCCCGACAUGUACACGACCACCGCCACCAUCAACAGCCCCAGGGACAAGUCGGUGGAAUUGCCAGGACCAAACCCGGCACCGGAGCCUUCGGUCGUCCCAUGGGAGAUUGAAAUCCAAAGUGGUGGCUUUUGGGGUGAAGCCAUGAAUGUCCCACCCGGGGCGUGGUUCCAGUUGGACAUCACUGGCACCCCUACCGUGUAUAAAGGUGGCCCCAAGUUGGUGAGUGUGAGGGAGAAGACGCAGGAUAAGGCGGGGAAGAUUAUUGCGGAGUGGGAAAUGGAGUACCGGGUUGUGUGGUAUGAGUGAGGGGGUGCUACUUCGGUAGUUGGUAGGCCGGAAAGGACUGAUGAUAUAGGUAAGUAGCAUCAGGGUAGGUAGCUAGGUAGGCACUGAGAAGGGGGGACAAGUAUCGUCAUACUACUCAAGUAGUAGGCAGUGUAACACGAGAAAGUUUGCAAGG